AUGGCAACGAUCAAGGCUCUUGAGGGUCGUACUGUUCACCAAAUCCAAUCUGGCCAAGUCAUUGUAGACCUGUGUUCGGUGGUGAAGGAACUGGUUGAGAACAGUCUCGAUGCUGGAGCUACUUCGAUCGAUAUCCGCUUCAAAAACAAUGGUCUUGACUCCAUCGAGGUUCAAGACAACGGUAGUGGCAUUGUCAGCGAGAAUUACCAGACCAUCGCCUUGAAGCAUUACACCUCCAAGCUCUCUAGCUACGACGAUCUUUCUUCUUUGCAAACGUUCGGCUUCCGAGGCGAAGCUCUUUCCUCUCUUUGCGCUCUCUCCAAGUUUCAUGUCACCACUGCCCGUGCAGAUGAAGCUCCAAAGGGCACGAGGCUCGACUUCGAGGUGUCUGGCCAACUGAAGAGUACUCAAGUAGUAGCAAGCCAGAAAGGUACUACUGUUGCUGUUGAGGAUCUUUUCGUGAGCCUGCCAGUUCGGAGAAGGGAGCUUGAGAAGAACAUUAAGAGGGAAUAUGGUAAAGUUCUCGGUAUUCUCCAGGCGUGUGCUUGCAUUAGUACGCAAGCGCGGAUCUCCGUCAGCAAUGUCAUGGCAAAAGGCAAGAGAGCGGUAAUUUUCGCGACAAAGUCGAACCAGACAACCAGAGAGAACAUCGCGACUGUCUUCGGUACAAAAGCAUUGCCCGCGCUGGUUGCUAUGAAUCUCAGCUUCGAGCUACAGCCUACCAAGACCCAAGAACCAGCGUCUAAUUCCGAACCCACCUUUGGCGAAGGUCGGCAGGCACCUGACCGCCAGAUGUUCUUCGUCAAUUCAAGGCCUUGUGGACUUCCUCAAGUUGCCAAAAUCUUCAACGAAGUCUACAAGGCCUACAAUGCUUCGCAGUCGCCAUUCAUUUUUGCGAACCUAUCGUUAGACACUAAUGCGUACGAUGUGAACGUUUCGCCCGACAAGAGGACGAUUCUGUUGCAUGAUCAGACUAGUUUAUUGGAGUCCAUUAGGGUUUCUCUGACCGCGCUUUUCGAGAAACAGGAUCAGACUGUACCACAGUCUCAAAAGUCGGGUCAGACCUUUAAAAACCUUACGGGCCGUCGGGGAACCUCAAGCGUUGAUGACACACAUACGCCUGGGAACCACGCGUUACACCCCCCGGAGCUUCAAAUUUCGGAUGAUAGCGAGUAUGAGGUAUCGAGUGAGAAGGAAGAGCCAGCCAAAGAUGACGGUGUGCCAAGUCUGAUUGAGAGCUUUGCAGGCCGUGACAGCAGAGAGCGUGCUAUCAAGGCCACCUCAGCUCCAGGGGCAUCGAAUAGGACGAAAAUGUUGUCCAAAGACAAGCAAAAGCUCGUAAAGAAACUUGGUCGAGAGAAGGAGCAAUCACACGAGCCUGCAGACUAUGAUGAUGCUCGGGAUCUGGCGAAAUCUGAUGCCAUGCUGAAUGGUCUUGCGAGACCAGUGGAAGACUUCAAUCGGAGGAUUGCCGAGCAGCAGCCUGAUUCGAUUGAGACUCCAACCCCAAUGGGAUGUCUUUCGCGCGAGGAGUCCCAAGCAUCUUCACCAACGGGAAGUAAGUCAGAGACGGAACACUCUUCAGGAGUAGUGCAAAACGCCUUUGACCGAAUGCGCCCCCGGCGUAAUCCUCCAGAAGUUGCAACGAUAACCAUUGGCUCAAAGACUACCACUUCUGUUCUCGGACCAUCCUCCUCCUCCAAACGGCGAAAGCUCGAUUCGACAACAGCCACUCCAAUUAGACCCACGGGCUUCGCUGAUGAUCCAGCGCGAAAGAAAUUCAGUAGCAGCAUGAGAGCCUUUGCUGCUCCCGGCUCUGAGCUAAUCAAGUCGGUUGGUAGACCACAAAGCAAAUCACGGGUGUCUCGGCCGUACCUUGGCAGUGCUAGUGACAAUGAAGACGAAUCUCGUGUGACGGACCUAAGUCCAGGAGCAUUGACAACGUCUGAAGAUGAUGACGAAAGCCCGGCCGAGUCCCCAGGUGGUCGUGCCAAUGAAACCCUGGAGACGCCUCUCGCGGAGGCUGAAUCUGAUGAUGACUACCUGGAUGAUGAGGGUAAGAAAGCUCGAGAAGAAGCGACGGUCGCCGAUCUGAUCAAACAAGCCGAGGAAAAGGCAGCUAUGCCCUCCGAGGACAACAUCAGACGUGUAAACCAGAUAUUGAGAGGUCGCGGGCAAAAGGACUCCACUACGCAGCUCAUGCAGAUGAUCGACGAGUCCGUAGAGAGAAUUGAUCAGCAACUGAAGACCCUGGAGACCGCUUUGCAAGCACCCGCCGAUUAUGGCUUCUCGCCAAAUCCUACAGCUCCCACGGAGGACACAUCUGCUGAAGAGAGGUUGUCGCUAACCGUAUCAAAAGCCGACUUCGCGCACAUGCAUAUUACAGGCCAGUUCAAUCUCGGCUUCAUUCUAGCUGUCCGUGACCCCUCUCCCUGUUCGCCCAAUUCUGAUCUCUUCAUAAUCGACCAACACGCCUCAGACGAGAAGUACAACUUCGAGCGUCUUCAGGCCAAAACCAUUGUCCAAAAUCAACGCCUAGUUCAUCCACACAAACUCGAUCUCACCGCCAUCGAAGAGGAAAUAAUCCUCGACAACAAUAACACUUUGCUAAAGAACGGUUUCCAGGUCGAAAUUGACAUCAGCGGCGAUGAAGAAGUCGGCCGUCGCUGUAAGCUCAUGUCCCUCCCGAUGAGCCGAGAGGUCACCUUUGACGUUACCGACCUGGAAGAACUUAUCGCUCUGCUUGCCGAUAAUCCUUCCUCUUCCUCAUCAGAAAGCGUUCCACGGCCGACCAAAGUGCGACGCAUGUUCGCCAUGCGCGCUUGCCGUAGUAGUGUCAUGAUAGGAAAGACUCUCACGCCGAAGCAGAUGGGCGCGUUGGUGAGGAAAAUGGGAGAAAUUGACAAGCCGUGGAAUUGUCCGCAUGGAAGGCCGACUAUGAGGCACGUCUAUGGGUUGAAAGAGUGGGAGGGGUGGAAAGAGGGUGGUGGGCUAGCGGGAGUGGAGGCAGGGAGAAAGGUUGAAUGGGGGAGAUGGGUUAAAGGCGUGAGGGAGCAAGAAGAAGAGAUGGACCGAGAAGAUGAUGAUGGGAAGGAGGAGCAGAUGGAGAAAGGCUUCGACAAUAAUGAAGCUGGGGAUGCAGAGAAUGAGGAAUGGAGUUGA